CCCCUCCCUGCGGGGGCGGCGGCCAUCUUGGCCGGGCGGCGGCAGAAGCACGUUGGGCGCCGGGCGGCGGGACGGAGCCGCGUUUUUCCCGCUGCGGGCCCUCCCGGGGAGCGAGAGCCUCUCGCUCUCUCUCCCCCCGAUCUCCUGAUCUGGAAGACUCUCACUCCUCCUCCUCGUAACUGGUGUGUGUGUUUAGCCCUGAAUUGUGAAUUAUGGCAGACAAAUUAACGAGGAUUGCUAUUGUCAACCAUGACAAAUGUAAGCCAAAGAAAUGCCGUCAAGAGUGCAAGAAGAGUUGUCCUGUGGUUCGAAUGGGAAAACUUUGCAUAGAAGUCGCAUCACAGAGCAAAAUAGCAUGGAUCUCAGAAACACUUUGUAUUGGUUGUGGUAUUUGCAUCAAGAAAUGUCCUUUUGGAGCCUUGUCCAUUGUUAACUUACCUAGCAACCUGGAGAAAGAAACAACGCAUAGAUAUUGUGCCAAUGCCUUCAAACUUCACAGGUUGCCUAUCCCUCGUCCAGGUGAAGUACUGGGAUUGGUUGGAACCAAUGGUAUUGGAAAAUCAACUGCCUUGAAAAUCUUAGCAGGAAAACAGAAGCCAAAUCUUGGAAAAUAUGCUGAUCCACCUGACUGGCAAGAAAUUUUGACUUAUUUCCGAGGAUCUGAAUUACAAAAUUAUUUUACCAAGAUCCUGGAAGAUGACCUGAAAGCUAUCAUUAAACCUCAGUAUGUGGACCAGAUCCCUAAAGCUGCAAAGGGAACAGUGGGAUCAAUUCUGGAUAGGAAGGAUGAAACUAAGACACAAACUGUCGUAUGUCAGCAACUUGACUUAACCCACCUGAAAGAAAGAAAUGUUGAGGACCUUUCAGGAGGAGAACUUCAGAGAUUUGCUUGUGCAGUUGUUUGCAUUCAGAAGGCUGAUAUCUUCAUGUUUGAUGAACCUUCUAGCUACCUAGAUGUCAAGCAGCGCUUGAAGGCUGCCAUCACGAUUCGAUCCCUAAUAAACCCUGACAGGUACAUUAUUGUUGUAGAGCAUGAUCUAAGUGUGUUAGAUUAUCUCUCUGACUUUAUCUGCUGCCUGUAUGGUGUGCCAAGUGCUUACGGUGUUGUUACUAUGCCUUUCAGCGUAAGAGAAGGCAUAAACAUUUUCUUAGAUGGCUACGUUCCGACAGAAAAUCUAAGGUUUCGAGAUGCAUCUUUGGUAUUCAAGGUGGCUGAGACAGCGAAUGAAGAGGAGGUGAAAAAGAUGUGUAUGUACAAAUAUCCAGGAAUGAAAAAAAAGAUGGGAGAAUUUGAACUAUCCAUAGUAGCUGGAGAAUUCACAGAUUCUGAAAUUAUGGUGAUGUUGGGGGAAAACGGAACUGGCAAAACUACAUUUAUCCGAAUGCUUGCAGGAAGACUUACGCCUGACGAAGGAGGUGAGGUCCCAGUUCUAAACGUCAGCUACAAACCACAGAAGAUCAGUCCUAAAUCUACAGGAAGCGUUCGUCAGCUGCUGCAUGAGAAGAUCAGAGAUGCCUAUACGCACCCUCAGUUUGUAACUGAUGUAAUGAAACCUCUUCAAAUAGAAAACAUCAUUGACCAGGAGGUUCAAACAUUGUCUGGUGGUGAGCUGCAGCGUGUUGCGUUAGCUCUUUGUCUCGGUAAACCUGCAGAUGUCUACCUAAUUGACGAACCUUCAGCGUAUUUGGACUCUGAACAACGUCUAAUGGCCGCUAGAGUCAUUAAACGUUUCAUUCUCCAUGCUAAAAAAACAGCUUUUGUGGUAGAACAUGAUUUUAUAAUGGCUACGUAUCUUGCUGACCGUGUGAUUGUUUUUGAUGGUGUUCCUUCCAAGAACACACUUGCGAACAGUCCACAGACUCUUCUGGCUGGAAUGAAUAAGUUUUUAUCUCAACUCGAAAUCACUUUUAGAAGAGACCCCAACAAUUACAGACCAAGAAUAAACAAACUCAAUUCAAUCAAGGAUGUGGAACAAAAGAAGAGUGGAAAUUACUUUUUCCUUGAUGAUUAAAUAUAGAACCUGAGCAUCUUUAACUGGCAUACGGAAAUGCAUAUUGGAAUCUAAACACUUGUGGAUGAGAAGACUCAAUCAGGUUUUAGAACACUUCAUCUUUUGGAGCUUAAAAUCUCUUGCUGCGUGUAACAUCCGAGAGCAGUAGCAGUGUAAAUUCUAGCCUGAGUAAAACUGCCACUUUCUAUAUUUUGGUGACACAGCCCUAUUUUCAGUGUAAUAAUUUCCAAAUAGACCACCUUGAAAUUGUGCAAAUGUGUCUCCCAGUUUUUCAAGACUCGAGGGAGGUUUUCAGUCCAAUUCAAUAUCUGCUCAUGUACCAAGUACCGCCUGCACUCCCUCAUUUUAAAAAUCUUUUAAACUCUUUUCUGUCUUAAGAGGGAAGCUUACCAAGAAUGUCCAGCUGCAGAAGCAACUGCUGUUUUAAAAAAGUUGAAUCUCUCUGGCAGAGGGUUUCAUAAAUAAAUAUCCUCCCAAUGUAAAGCUCUGCUGUGACACUGUGAAAAAAUUCUUCAUUUACCAAUUAAAAACUGUGUGUAUUUAUAUGAUGUUGGUAUGCACACCUCUUCCCCUUCUAUAGAAAAGAAUACACAAAAAAUAAGAGUACAAAUCCUUUUGGACUUCAGUUCUACAUGUUCUGUUAAUCAGUCUUCUGCUUGAUGUCAGGUAAAGAUGGAGUUUAGCAAACACCUGAAGCUGUGUUAUCUCAGUUCAUUACAUGCUGAAUAGUGCAGGUAGUCCCCUACCAACCUGAGGGAGCCUGCAGCCUGUGCCAUCCUGCCCCACAUUAAAGGGGUUAAUCAGUUGGUUAAUUUAAUCAAUUAAAUCAGUUGGCCCAUUAAAGGGCCAAUCACUCUAUACGUCCUUCAGCAAAACCUAAGGAACCCAUACAUAAUCAAUGGGAGAAAGUACUCCAGCUGCACAGUUGUAACCUUCCUAGAGUAGCAAGGCAGGGCCUAAGCCCUGCUCAGACACUUCCAAAGCUUGACUUUGGAGUCAGUUCCAAAAGCACAGCCCUACCAGUUACUGCCAUGGACAAUUUCCCGAGAAGUUUAUGUAGAAAUGCACUUCCUUUUUACUUGCAAAGCUCAUGAUUAAAUGCCUGCUCUAGGCCUGAAUGAUUAUUCAGUAACUGCUGGACAGACCUGGGCUACAACUGGAGUUAUGUUUUAGGACCUCCCAGGUGUUGUUGCUUUACCCAAACAGGCAGCAACCACCACGCAGCCUCUCAGUGGGAGGGGAAGUAGAUUUCUGAAAUAAGACAGGUUAAUAGGACAGAAAAUGAAGGGGAAAGGAUAAAAGAGUACAGAAAACAGUUAUGCAGGAUGCCAUUGCUCACCCAUACCCAGCCAGUCCCCCAAGCUGUGGCCUCCCUGCCAACUUUGCCCCUAGUUUAUUGCUAGGUGUGACGUUACAUGGUAUGGAAUAUCCCUUUGGUCAGCUGGGGUCAGCUGUCCCACCUCUGUCCCCUCCCAGCAUCUUGUGCACACCCCGCCUGCUCGCUGGCAGGGUGAGAAGCACAAAAGGCCUCAACUUGGUGUAAGCACUGCUCAGCAACAACUGAAGUGUCAGUGUGUUACCAUCAUUAUUCUUAUCCUAAAUCCAAAAUGCAGCAGCCCAGCAACGAGGAAGAAAAUUAGCUCUGUCCCAACCAAAACCAGGACAGCAGGAAAGAAGACAAGAAGCCCCUUUUAAGUCUUUGUAAGCAAUAGAGUUAAAUGAGGACCAACUUUUAAAUCCUCAGUGCUUGCUUUGUCUCUUGAAAUUCCAAAUACAUUCUGAAUAAAAAAUUAUUUAGAUUAACAAAAAAAACCCAUAGCUCCCACUACUCCCAUUCUGAAUA